UGACAGGCGGCGAGAAGUGUCGCGGUCGUGGGCGCAGCAGCGGGUCGGAACCAGCGCGGCGUUGGAGCAGCGACCGACUGAGUGUGACUGCCAGGCUUUGAAGGGUCGGCACUCACUGUGUUGGUGUUUGAGAAAAAAAAAAGCAGGACCACCCGCCACGCCAUCAUGGAUGUGACCGGUGAACAGGGCAUGGCUGGCAAUGCCGUCGACGGCUUUGCGCUUGACGUCGAGCCUGAACCCGAGCAACAGCGCGUCAAUACCAUCUUGUGUAUUCAAUGCGGCGUCGCCAUCCCACCCAAUCCAGCGGCGAUGUGCGGCAACUGCAUCCGCACCCAAGUUGACAUCAGUGAAGGCAUCCCCAAGAAUGCCAGCAUCUAUUUCUGCCGUGGCUGCGAGCGCUACCUCAACCCGCCCACCACCUGGAUUCACGCCGAGCUUGAAUCUCGCGACCUCUUGGCGCUUUGCUUGAAGCGCUUGCGUGGCCUCAAUAAGGUCCGACUGGUCGACGCUGCCUUUGUGUGGACCGAACCCCAUUCCCGUCGUGUCAAGGUCAAGGUGACAAUCCAAAAGGAGGUUCUCUCGGGCGCCAUCCUGGAACAAGGCUUUGUCGUUGAAUACGUAGUGGAGCACCAGUUUUGCCCCGAAUGUCAUCGUCAAGAAGCCGCCGACACCUGGAACGCUUGCGUUCAAGUCCGCCAGAAGGUCAAACACAAAAAGACAUUUUUCCACCUUGAACAACUCAUCAUCAAGCACAAUGCGCACGAUCGAACGCUGCGCAUCAAGAGCGUACCAGAUGGCAUUGACUUUUACUUCAACUCUCGCUCCGAUGCCAAGCGCAUGGUCGAGUUCCUCAUGGCCGUUGUUCCCUGCCGCUACAAAACUUCUGAGCGGCUUAUUUCCUCAGACAUUCAGAACAACAACUUCAACUACAAGUACACAUAUUCCGUCGAGAUUGUCCCCAUCUGCAAGGAAGAUGUUGUGACCUUGCCUCCAGCUCUGCGGCGUCAGUUUGGCGGCAUGGCCCCCAUCGGCAUUUGCGACCGCGUGGGCACCUCCGUCCGCAUUAUGGACCCCUUCACCUUGCAUUCUGCCGAUGUGACCUCGACCGUGUUUUGGCGCCACCCGUUCCGAGCCAUCUGCUCUCACGGUGGCUACACCGAAUUUAUGGUCCUUGACAUUGAGCCCGUCUUUGGUCCUGACGGCCGCCCCGUUCAACAUGGCAAACACGUGUUGGCCGAGGCCACCGUCGCACGCGAGCGCGAUCUCGGCUCCAAUGACCAACAAUUCUUUGUGCGCACGCAUCUCGGCAACAUCUUGCAGCCUGGUGAUCUUGUUUGGGGCUUUGAUAUGACAACGGCCGUGGUCAACGAUGAGCAUACCAACAAGCUCAAUCAAGACCACCUGCCAGAGAUUGUUUUGGUAAAGAAGAGCUAUUCCGACCGUCGCAAAAAGUCUCGCAAGCGUCGCUUCAAGCUGCGCAUGCUUCCCAAGGAAGACGAGGCUGUGCGACCGGACGAAGAGGAUGCCGCCAUGCGGGAUUUGGAUGCAUUCAUGGACGAUAUUGAAGAGGAUCGUGAGUACCGCCAAAACUUCAACCUGUACAAGAACGCCGAGUACCACCCUUCUACGGAGAGCGAGGGCGAGGAUGAUUUGCAUAUUGGUGUGGACGAACUCUUGGAUGAGUUUGAAAACAUGGAUCUGGAUGAUGGUCAGGCCGCGCCCGACAUGUGAGGUUGAAGCCUCCUUAUUGUACUUGAGAAGCUGCUGCGUCCUUGCGAGUAGAAAUCCGCAGUGUGCAUCUCGUCCUCAAGGUCGUUACGAUUCUUUUUGUUUCGAGUUGAUGUCAUUGUUGUUUGUGUUUGGCCAUGGCUUCUCAUUGCCAAGUCGUCUUUCUUCAAUGAGAUGUGAAGCCGAGGCUGGGAACAAGGUUGUGUCCAAUUGGAUCAUCAAGUCU